AUGGGAGCCGCUCAAGCAAGCAUCAUCGGAGCCGAAGAACGCAAGGCGAACCGCGCCGUUGCUGUGGAGGGGCGCAGCGUGGUCUUCAAGAUCAAACGCUGCGACGGUCCAGGCAAGCCCUGGCGCUGGGAAUCGUUCAAGGUCCCCACAGAGCCGGGAUCAAAUGUGAUCUCUUCACUCCGUCACAUCGCUGCCAAUCCAGUGACUGUCGAUGGGAAAGAGACCACGCCGGUCGUCUGGGAUUCAGGGUGUCUUGAAGAAGUCUGCGGCGCGUGCACGAUGGUCAUCAACGGACGCGUGCGUCAGUCCUGCUCGUGCCUUAUCGACGAGUACGCUCCGCGUGAAGGUGACGAGGUCGUCCUCGAACCUAUGACCAAGUUCCCGGUCAUCCGCGAUCUUUGGGUUGAUCGCACUCGCAUGUUCAACGCGCUCGAACGCGUCAAAGCAUGGGUCCCGAUCGACGGCACCUACAACCUCGGCGCGGGUCCACAAGAAGACCACGACCACCAGCAGAUGCGCUACGCGCUCUCCGAGUGCAUGACCUGUGGCUGCUGUCUUGACGCGUGCCCCCAGUUCAUCAAGAAGGACCACGAGGACCAAUGGGAGACCAGCUUCAUCGGUCCGCAAGCAAUCUCGCAAGCGCGACUCUUCAACGAGCACGGCACUGGCAAACGCCUCAAGGACGAACGCAUGGACACACUCACCGGUCCAGGCGGUAUCCAAGACUGCGGGAACGCACAGAACUGUGUGAAGGUAUGUCCGAAGGGGAUCCCUUUGACAGAGUCCAUUGCCGCGAUCGGACGCAGCGCGACGAUCCACUCGAUCAAGAAGUUCUUCACCGGCAAGUAA